AUGGAGCGUGACAGGUGCCCCCCGACAGACUGCCCGGAGGUCGUCAAGCCCCCCCAGACGCCAUAUUUGUCAAGUUCCGCCGCCGUGUGAGGGGAGGGGUGUCAUAGCCGGCCUGCGAACGUAAUAAGAAUGUAAAUAUCUCCCGCACCAUCAACCGUUCCAUUUCUAGAUGUGCGUAAUGUACUUCCAAGAGUGAUGAUGCUAACCUACUUGUUUACGUCUGUUCUGAGCUUUUGUGUAUCUUGACAAAGUUGGAUUCGUGCUAUUGUGUGCGGUAGGAAUUCUCAAAAAUCUGAAGUGGCUCAGUGUCGCUAUAUUGUCAUUCUAUAUUUACCUUUUUUACAGUCACCAAAAUAUUCUGACAGUUAAGGCUUGCUAUGAGCACAUAUGUUUUUUUUUAAAGUUUUUUUUUCUAAAAAGGUUAUUAAUACUUGUUUCACAUUUUUGUUACUCGGUUGGCACAGAACCAUUACACAGGAUUAAAUUGGUGGUUCCUAACAUUUACUAAGUAAAAGCGCACAUUUUAUUUAUAUCUAAUGGCAUGGCACAUGACCGCAAAAAAAAACAACAAUUAAAUUUAAAUUGAACACAAAGCAGAUACUGCAUACUUGUCUGUAUCACUGUGUCUUAAUCUGGAUCAAGCAGAAGGCUCUUAAACGGCUUGUGAUUUUGAGGCACGUUUCGUCCUUAAAAGGAAACAUAGAAAGCAGAACGGUUGUCUUGACAGCUGACCCCCUCCACAAGCCCCCCAGACACACACACACACACACACACACACACUUCAGCAGCUGUUAGAAACAACUGUUUUAUUAUAACAGCGGUCUAGCCCCCCGACUUUUGACAGCAGUUUACGCUGCAAGACGUGUAGACAAGACAGAAAUGCUAUUUCAAUCCAUCCAUCAUAUUUCAGUGCAUCAAAAGCCCCAGUAAAAGAAUAAUUGAUCUAUGUGGUUGCAGCUUUCAGCUAAAACUACUCCAUUUGCAUCAUCUCAAACAGCUGUGGAGUGUGUUUUUAACAAUUCAUGAUGAAUUAUACACCGUCCAUCACUGUUAGCAUCAAGUUAGUAUAUUUCCUGUUAAUCAUAACAUCUUUCUUCCCGUCUGAUUUCUUUAAGGCCUCAUUAGGAUUGCUGAGUUGCAGUAAAGGCUGACACUGCAAUGAAUUCCAAACAUUUCUUCAUUUAAAAUUCCUAUUCGUUGCUUACUUAAGCCACCAUCCAUCCAGAGUGAGAUUUGAAUUUUAAUAUUCAUGGCAAAGGAUGGCUGAAGCAGCUUUCCUCACUCAAUAUCUCUGCACAUUGAGUGUGUGUCAGGGUGUGUUUUACUGAGUGCCGAGGUCUGUCUUGUGCAGACGCCAUGCAGAGCUUGCCGGCAGUUUGUCAGAUAAUGUCAGCGCUAUAAAUAUAUGAGGUGCUUUAGAAGUUUCCAUGUCAGGGCUCCAUUGUUCUGCGUCGUGUGAAUAUCACAGCAUGGGUGGUGUGAAGCUUGGAUAAAUAAAGGUGUAACAAGAAAGAGAAACAAUAGGCUGGAAUGUGUUACAUUUGAAAUAAUGCCCCAAUUUGAAUUUUUUUAUUUCAUACAAAUGCAUAUACAGUCAUAAAUACACAUUGUUGUGAUAUAUUUAUAUCUUUUGUUGUAGGUUUCAACGACAAAUCAGGCGAGUGUACCCCAAAAAUGUCUCCAUAUCUUACAGCUCAUUAAAAAAAAGCAUCAAACUUAGAAUAGUAACAAAAGUGUUGACAUGAAAAUUUUAACUCUAGUUUUAUUAAUGACUGACAAAAAAGAUUUUCGACGAUAUUCUAUUUUAAUGCUUAUUCCAAAUUUAAACUUGUAAAUAAAAUAAGCAGGUGAUGCUUUAAUUUUAUGUCCGAAGGGGUGAAAUUCGAAGUGGAAAUAGACGGUUAACCGUUUCCAUGGAAACCCCUGCGUCGCCAGGUGAUGACGUCAGACUCCCUGCGGCGUGGCUGCGUCUCCUAGGUGAUCAUUUGGGCCUAAACAAAUGACCGCGACCAUUGCUUUAUUCGCCAUUUUUAGGACAAAAAAAGCUUAAUAAACAGCAGGAAGCUUAUCGUAUCUAUAAAAUGGGCGACAAAAGACGUUGCAAACGUAUUUUUGUGAACGACGUGGACAAAUAUUCCUCCAAACACAUCGCCGAGUAUUUAUCGAGUUGUGCGGUAAAGGAGGUGGACGAAGAAGAUGACGUCGAGCCGGAGCCCCAUGAACCUGCUUUCCAGGUGGUCGGCACGGUGUCUUCAUUCAGCUGUGAGAAACCAAGCGGUUUGCAUGAGCACUAUUCGUCGCUAAGCAGAGAGGAGCUCCUUCCACGCUUGCUGGAGUGCGACGUGGUGGUGUACAACAUCUCCGAAAAUGCAAAUCAAGACGACGUUGAAGACGCUACUUGGGCAGUCACAGCCCUUCACGGUGAAAUGGAAAACUUCAGGUCAAAGAAAACAUUCAUUUUAGUCUCAACGGUGUUGACAUGGGCAAUGACCAAAAGACCGGAAACGGAUGAAGCCGAAAAGUUUAUAGCUGAGGAUGAGUUCCGAAAAAGACGGCCGCAUCCCAGCUUUAAACAUCACAACAAUACAGAGAAGCAAGUACUUAAAUUGGGAACAGGAAAAAAGAAUAAACUGAAAGGUUACGUUUUAGCUGCAGGGAUACAGUACGGAAAAGGAGAAAAUCUCUUCCACUACUUUUUCAAGGUGUCUUGGCUGUCUGAGUUUUCCGAAGUUCCCAUAUUUGGAGAGGGCACAAAUUUCAUUCCCACCAUCCACGUGCUGGACCUUGCAAAAGCGAUACAAAGCUUGAUUGAUGUCAAACCCAAGUCCAGAUAUAUUCUUGCAAUCGAUGACUCCAAGACCAAACUGAGGGACAUAGUACAGGCGGUAAGUAAAGUGCUUGGAACGGGGAAACUAUGUCAAUUAGAAGAGAAGGAAGCCAUUUCUACAAAGGCCUUUAAGCAAGAGGAGCUGGAAUAUGUCAGCAUUGACCUUCGCCUGGAUGCUUUUGUUGUGAAAGACACCUUUAACUUAAAGUGGUCAGCAGAAAACGGCAUGGUUGAGAAUGUAGAAGCCCUCGUGGAGGAAUACAGACACACAAGAAAGCUCCUUCCAAUCCGAAUCUUUCUCACUGGACCGCCAGCCGUGGGUAAAGGCGAAGUGGCACGGAAGCUGAGCGAGCAUUAUCGAAUCCAUCACAUCAACAUCCGGGACGUCGUUGAAGAAAAGAUGGCACAGUUGAAAGAAACCUCGGGGAGAGUCGACGCUGACAUCAGCCAACAGGAAACGGCACAGGAUCAACUGGAAACGAUCAAAGAAAGCAUGGAGAAAAAUGCAGGUCGGCUGGAGGACGAUCUCCUUUUAGAAAUUUUGACUGAAAAGCUCAAUUCAAAGCCUUGCAGGAACCAAGGAUAUGUCCUGUAUAGCUUCCCGAGGACAUUUGAGCAAGCAAGUCAGAUGUUCAGCGCUGAGGAUGCAGAUAUGGACGACCCGUCCGCGCCCCCCGCAUGCAACAGUAUCACGCCAGAGUAUGUGUUUGCCCUGGAUGCAUCUGAUGAGUUCCUGACGAAGAAAGUUCAGGAUCUACCUGAGAGUGAGGCCCAGAAAAGAGGCCUAACCCAGGAGGAGUUCAUCCCUCGACUGGUCAGAUUCCGUCAACUCAGCAGGGCUCUAGAAACUGCCCUCGACUACUUUGAUGAGCUGGAAAUAUACCCGACAUAUCUCGAGGUGAAAGACGACGACCCCGAAUUGACACGGAUCAUGAGCCACAUCACCGACGCGGUGGGCGCUCCCAAGAAGUACGGCCUGAAUACCGAGGAGCUGGAGGAGGAGGAGAGAAGGAUGCGAGAAAUGGAGAGGAAGCAGAAAGAGGCUGAAGAAGCAGCCGAGAGGAAGCGCAGGAAAGAGGCCUCGCUCGCUGAGAUGGCGGCGCAGUAUGAAGUUUGGCAAGAUAAUUUGGCGGAGGUAGAAAGGCAGGAGCACGAGCUCUUGGAAGCCAAAGCGCUCCCGCUGAGAAACUAUUUGAUGAAGUAUGUGAUGCCCGCACUCAGCGAAGCCUUGCAAGAAUGCUCCAAGAUCAAACCCAACGAUCCAGUCAGCUUUUUGGCUGAGUAUCUCCUUCGGAUGGACAAAACUUGAUCGAACAUCCUUUUUCAACACGCGUUUGAGUGCACUGGUCCCGGUCAAUGUCACGACUCGUCCCCGGUUGUUUUAUUAUAUGUAGGUUAUAAAUAAACGGCGAGUUAAAAAGUCUAGUUUUGCAAAGAAAGGAAAAAAAAUGGAUUAUUAUUAGUUCUAGUACGCAUUCAUACAUUUCUAAUGUGUGUAUUCAAUAAAGCUACAGAUUUGCCUCUGCAUGCUUCAUGAAUCAGCAGACUUCCUGGAAGCUGGUCGCACAUUUGACGAGAAUGUCUCAUCAUUUUACGGGCUUCCAACAGCAAAAAUGUUUUUCG